UGCCGGCUGGCUGGCCGCGGGGCGGGUUGCGUCGCGAUGUUGCUCUCGCCGCCGCCGCCGCCCUCGUCCUUGCCCUGCGGGCGGGCGGCAGGCGGCUCCCCUGGCCUUGGGGUGCGAGCGGCCGGGCCGGAGCUCCAGGGGGAGGCUGCUCCCCGAGAGCCGCCCGAGGAAGAAGGGGAGCGAGGCCGCGCCGGAACUAUGCCCGAGUGCGCCCCGCUCCGGACGGCUGGAGCCGGCUCCGAACCGGCCAGGGCGUCGUCCGAGGCGGAGGCCGCUGCGUCAACUGCCCAGGAAGAAGAAGAAGCAGCAAUAGCAGCCGCCGCCGCAGACUCCUGUCCCCGGUGGGGAGCCCAGCACGCGGGAGCCCGGGAACUGGCUGAACUGUAUUCCCCCGGGAAAAGGCUACAGGAAUGGAUUAGUGUCAUCUUAUGUUUCUCCUUGAUGUCUUUCAACUUCUACAGACUUCUCUUUUGCCUGAGACUGGAGCAUGCCUUCUCAAUUAUUGUUGGUAUAUUUGCAGGAGUCAUUACUGCUGACUUCGUAUCCGGUUUAGUGCACUGGGGAGCAGAUACUUGGGGAUCGGUAGAUCUGCCAAUAGUUGGAAAGGCAUUUAUUAGGCCUUUCAGAGAACAUCACAUUGAUCCAACAGCAAUUACCAGGCAUGACUUCAUAGAAACCAAUGGCGAUAACUGCAUGUUAACAGUAGUUCUGCUGGCAAACAUGGCCUACAAAUUAGCUUCUUUAUCACCAGAAGUGUUACACCAAUCAUGUCCUUGGGAGUGCUAUGUCUUUGCCCUGUCUGUAUUUGCAACCUUGACCAACCAGAUUCACAAGUGGUCUCAUACCUACUUUGGUCUUCCUCGCUGGGUAAUUUUUCUGCAGGACUGGCACAUUAUCCUGCCACGGAAACACCACCGGAUCCACCAUGUGUCUCCACAUGAGACAUAUUUCUGUAUUACUACAGGCUGGCUGAACUACCCACUGGAAAAAAUCAGAUUUUGGAGAUUCCUGGAGAAUAUCAUUGAAGGACUAACAGGAGAAAAACCCAGAGCAGAUGACAUGAAAUGGGCCCAGAAAAUAAAAUAACCCUUGCCAGGCUUCUGCUGUUGUGAAAACCUGUUGCCAAUUUUUUUUAAAAGAAAAAAAAAGCCAUCAGCCAAAUUAAAAGACUUGCAGAAAGAUAAUGGACUAAAGCACAAAGCUUUUUUAAAAGUGCUAACAGACUACAGUUAAAAGACUCACUCCUCAAAACAAUACUUGAAAAUGCAAAUGGAUUAUUCUCGUUUGUUACUGAGCACCUUCUGUUAGCCACAUUUGCUGAUAAUUGAACACUGUCAUCCUUGACACUCCAAAGCCAUUAGUUGGAGAAGGCAGUGUACCUUCCUAGUAACAUUUGUCAUUGGCACGGUAAUGUGUUGUAUCAACAUGAAUUCCCACUCUGAAAAUGAUUUAAGGCCAUAUGGAAUGGCAAAGAUAGCAAGCCAGCUCCCGGGUUUUUAAAGAACAAAUUCAGCAUUGCUAUAUGAGAAUUGGAGGGAAAGGUAUUGUCAUCACUUUAAUGCACUUAGUGUUUGGUGCAUCCUUCCAGUUGCUUCAUCUUGCUAUCAUAUCAAAACAUUGUCCAUGUGGCGUGCAAUAGAAUAUUUGGGAGUCUCAUCCUAGUUCAUUAGGGUUACUUAAAGCUGACUGUCUCCUAAAAUAAGUGUUCCAUUCCUUGAUAUUUGAGCAGGCCAUUGCUGUAUCAGCCUACAGCUAACUUGGUAGCAGUUUGGGAUGGAAGUGAAGGUGGACAGAGUUUGUGUUCUGCACAAAUGUCAGACUUAAAUUACUUCCAUUGGAUCAUGUAGCGUUCAGUGAUUGAUUUUAUUCAGUAUGAUUCCUCUUCCAAAAUGUUUAAAAUAGCUAUAGAAAAUUGGUCAUUGUCAAAUUUGAAUGUUAGAAGGAAUAAGUUAAUGGUGUGUGUGAUUAAGGUGCUUGCUCAUUUCAUGUAAAUAUCAUAAAGCCUUAACUACUACUUUGGUGUAACAUGGAAUAAUAAUUUUAAUGUGGUCUGAAUGUAUAUAAUUUAUAACAAAGCAGUUCAAUUAUACUAAUUGCAUUUGUUAAGUCUUGUGGCCAUUUUUGAGGGGAAGGGUAAAAUUGCAUCUCCAGGGGUUUUUUAAACAGCAUAUGCAAGCAAAAUGAGUGGGUUUUCUGUUUUGUAUACAAGAGUGUCCUACAAAAAACACUUUUUAUUUUUGCGAUAGACUUCUGUGCCUUUCUAGGGAGAUUAGAUGGCUAAUCUGUGUCCGAAAUGCAACUUUCUGUAUUUUUUUAAUUUAAGAAAAAGCUUACACAUUCUCCCUCUUCCUUGUAUGUUUGAGAUUUUUCUAUUUAAGAACAAAUUCUUAACUUCAUACCAUGACUCUGAUAUGUCUUAUCUUCGUAGCAUUUUGCCUUUGGCAUUCUAAAAUCUCAACAGAGAACACUAAUGUUAAAAAAAUGGAAACUAAGAGAUAUAAUUAAAAAAUAGCUGAAGGCAAACAAAAGAGUUACAUGUACCACUUCUAAAGAACAAUCCAUAGAAAAGGCAAGUAUCACAGAGAGUGUCAGCUUUUACUGUGAUAGCAGGUUUCUGAUUAAGGUUUUAAACCUUGGGCAAGUUUAGUGUGUUUCUUACGUGGGACAAUUUUUGUUUUGGGGGAUAUUUUUUCCUUCUGGUCAGUGUUGAUUCCUUUUCACUGCCUGGAGUAGUGCUUGCAGUUUUCUUGGGAAGGAUUUUUGGAAGUGGUUUUCCCUUGCCUCCUUCUUAGGGUUAAGAGAGAAAGUGAUUGGCUUAAGGUCAUCCAGCUGGCUUUGUGAGACUAGAAUUCAGUCUCCCAGUUUCUAGCCUGAUGCCAUAACAACAAUCAUCAUCAAUGAAGCAUUUGAGUUUCUACUGUUCUGCUGAAACACAGCUUUUAAACUGUGGCUUUGAAUUAUCUCUCUCAUACUGUGUGUGCCCGUGUGUGCACACGCAAGCUGGCAGGGGAGGAAUUGAAGUCCAUACAUCUUAAAAGUGGAGGGGAAAGUUGUGGUAGGGUGUAAUAGAAUUUGAAAAACCUGUCCAAAUUCCCUUCUGCUGCCCCUUACUACCAUCCAAAUCACAGCAUGGUAAUUUUGAGCCUUUUCUUUCUGCUUUCUCCUUUCCCAUAUCUCAGAUGUCAUUUUCUGUCUUAUUAGCUAACAGCAAUUCAUGCCUGCAAACUCUGGAACUUUGCCUUUUGCUACUAUUUUGUUCCAUGGCCCAGAAAUUCAGAGGAGUAUAAAUUAGUGUCCGAUUACAGGGAAGAAUAAGAAAUUGGGUACAUAGUAGACAUUCUCCCUUAGCUGGAAGGCAAAUUCCUGGAAGCCUAUCUGGAUCAGGCCCAGUGAGAUCCCAAGUUUUUCUGCACUGAGCCUUUUUUCCUCCAAUGUUAGACGAUGACUUCUCCAACCAGUAUUUAAAAAUAUUUCUGGUUGUACUGAAAUGUUUUAUAUUAGCUACCUGACAACUGAAAAAAACCUUAAAACCUUUGCCUCUUCUGUGGCAAAAUUUUGCUCCACAACAGCACAAGGAACACCGCUCUGGUGUGAGAAGAUCCCCAUGACCAUCUGCAGCGUCAAGUUUGCUUACGUGGGAAAAGCUUUAUUAAGUAUCAGAUUUUAUUUUGGCGCAUUACAGUAAGUAAUAAAAGUUUUGAACUGAAUAGCUGACACAAAAAGUCACAUUAGUUAUUCUAGCUGAUAAGCCACUUGGACCAAAGGCACUGAAGGCAGCCAGUCAACUACAUUGCUCUGGAAGUGCUGACUAUACAAGGAAAGAAGCACUAAAGCCCAAUGCCCUUCUCGUGACUCUUACCAUACUGUGAUUUAUAUCAAUGCAUGCACAAACCAUUGACUUUACAGAGGGCUCAUUUUGAGUGCAAGAUUAAGGAAAAGUCUUCAACUGCCCACUCCUUGCUUGGACAUACACUCCUCCAACCUGAAGGAAAGGCUCAUCAUUUAUUUCCCCCACCUUUUUUUCCCCCAAAUCUACACUUUCUUACUAUACUAAGGGAAGCAAAUAGUUCCCUUAAUUACCAAAUAAACUUCAUACUAGCCAGGACUCUGAACUGACAUAUCUCCAGAUCUAGUUGAACAAAACCAAUAAAUCAUUCACGCUUUUAAUUUGAUAACAUUUUUUUUAAUUUUUCUAUUCUGACUCUUUUAAUUAUGUUCCUAAGUUUUACCUGCCACAAUAAAUGUAUUAAAAUGUUUGAAAGGUC